UAUCAUGUCAAUGCAAAGUUAUAAUGAAAUUGAAAUAUGUAAAUCCAUUAAUUUUAUAAUUAUUACAUACGUACUCGUGUUGUGAUUCUAAUCAUUUUGAAAGUUUGGUUCAGUCUUCGAAACUUUCAUAAUCAUGGCACCAAAGUAAUAUUAUAUUGAUCAUGGUUCACCUUGACUUGUCAUAUUUUCCAUAUUAUUCAAUAAUAUUCAUACAAGUAGCUCUCUUAAUGAUAAAUGUUGUUAUAAAAGUAUUUUUAAGUUUUGUGUCGCUGACUCUACAAAAUUCAUGCAGUCAAUUGGUAUCCCUAACACAGCAAAAAGGAGAAAAAGAAGUUCUUCUAGACUUUUUAGACAUAAUUAACGAAAACAAAAAUGCAAGAAUAUUCAAUGAUCACUGUUCUCUAAGAAUAUAUGGUGGUACAGAUGUAGCAAUCCAGUCAGUUCCCUAUCAGAUCUCAUUGCGAAGAGGCUUACUGGGUGGCAUGUAUUGGUUCUCUGGUUGUGGAGGUGCCUUGAUAACUUUAAAAUUCGUGAUGACAGCCGCGCAUUGUUUUGUAGGGCCUGACUUUCCCAAAAUCAAGAACAACAUACGAGCAGUGGCUGGCUCGACCAGAACCGACGCGAGCUUAUACACGAUGAUGAGGGAGCACUGGAGGCGGAUCAAACAUUAUUACCCUCAUAAACACUAUGAUCCCAGUACAUAUAUGCAUGAUUUAGCUAUCCUUGAGGUGAUGACUCCUUUUUUCUUAUCGGUUCGAGUGAAGCCAAUUAGGAUUCACUCAUAUGAAAUAAGACUUAAGAUGUCAGAAGGCAUGAACUGCCUUGUGACAGGCUAUGGGUACAUUUCAAAGACUAAAAGGGCGAGUAGACUUCAGAAGGUCUGCGUCCCUUUAGUAACAAGAUACAACUGCUCGUUCUACUACCAUCCUAAGUACCUGCACGACUCUGUGUUCUGCGCUGGGACCAAGGGCAAGGACAGUUGUAACGGAGACUCCGGUGGCCCCAUAGUAUGCCACGGGGUCCUAGUGGGGCUGGUCUCGUACGGGGGCGAGUGCGGGGUCGACCCUGGAGUCUACACGCGGCUGUCCAGCUACACCCAUGGCGAACCCAUACCGUUCAUCUUGAAGCAAGACAACGCCAGCAAUGGGAUCUCUCUCAACAGAAUCGUCCUUUUAUUCUUGCUUGCAAUAAAUAUACUGUAGCAUAAUCA